GGCUGCCCGGGGCCUCUCGUCCGGCCCACUGACGGCAUGAAGCCUUUAGGGGCGCGCAGUCCUCUCGGAUUUUUGUUGGAAGCCCCUCAUCCGCCUUCAGUCUGAAGGCAGGGCCCCGCGGAGGACGGAUCGAGGGUCCCGGGCCGGCGGGGCCGAGCGCGAGGGCGAGGAGGGGGCGAGGGACAGGAAGGAAGCAAACCAUCCAAUUUGAAAGAAAAAAAAAAAAAGCCCUUUGAUUUUUUUUUUUUUUUUUUUUUUUUGCUCCCGGCUCCCUCCCCAAAUGGCUGUGUAGCAAACAUCCCCGACGCUACUACUACCUCGGCAGGGACGAAGUUGGUGUGCCGUGGCGGUCUCGUGGGUAGAGCUCCCAGGCGCGAGUGCGGGGCUCGGAGAUGGAGCGGUGGUCCUCCAGGUGGAAAACGAAACGGUGGCUCUGGGACCUCACCGUCACGACCCUCGCGCUGACUUUCCUCUCCCAGCCUGGAGAGGUCAGAGGAGCUGCUCCAGUUGAUGUACUAAAAGCGCUAGAUUUUCACAAUUCUCCGGAGGGAAUAUCGAAAACAACGGGCUUUUGCACAAACAGAAAGAAUUCGAAAGGGUCAGAUACUGCUUACAGAGUUUCAAAGCAGGCACAGCUCAGUGCCCCCACAAAACAGUUAUUUUCAGGAGGAACUUUUCCAGAAGAUUUUUCAAUAUUAUUUACAGUAAAACCCAAAAAGGGAAUCCAGUCUUUCCUUUUAUCUAUAUAUAACGAACAUGGCAUUCAGCAAAUCGGCGUCGAGGUCGGGAGGUCGCCCGUCUUCCUGUUUGAGGACCACACGGGGAAGCCCGCCCCGGAAGACUACCCCCUGUUCAGGACCGUGAACCUCGCUGAUGGCAAGUGGCAUCGGGUAGCCAUCAGCGUGGAGAAGAAAACGGUGACCAUGAUUGUGGACUGUAAGAAGAAAACCACGAAACCACUGGACAGAAGCGAGAGAUCGAUCGUUGACACCAAUGGCAUCACGGUGUUUGGAACAAGGAUUUUGGACGAAGAAGUGUUUGAGGGGGACAUCCAGCAGCUGCUGAUCACCGGGGACCCCAAAGCCGCCUACGACUACUGCGAGCACUACAGUCCGGACUGCGAUUCCUCGGUGCCCAAGGCCGCGCAGGCGCAGGCGCAGGAGCCGCAGGUGGACGAGUACACGCCCGAGGACUUAACGGAGUAUGACUAUGAGUAUGGUGAAGCAGAGUAUAAGGAGGCUGACAGUGUGACAGAGGCACCCACUGUCGCCGAGGAGACACUAGCACAGACCGAGAGAAAGGAACCCAAUUUCAGAAAGAAGACGAGGACAGUGGCCGCUAACUCAAAGGAAAAGGCCAAAAAGUUUACACCCCCUAAAUCUGAAAAAUUUGCAUCCAAGAAGAAGAAAAGUUAUCAAGCAGCGGCAAAAGCCAAACUAGGGGUCCAGGCAAAUAUCGUGGAGGAUUUUCAAGAAUACAACUAUGGAACGAUGGAGAGUUACCAGACAGAAGCUCCUAGGCGUGUAUCUGGAACAAAUGAGCCCGACCCCGCCGAAGAGGUGUUCACUGAAGAGUAUCUAACUGGAGAGGAUUAUGAUUCCCAGAGGAGGAGCCCCGAGGAGACACUGUAUGAAAACAAAGACAUAGACGGCAGGGACUCUGACCUCCUGGUAGAUGGAGAUUUAGGCGAAUACGAUUUUUAUGAAUAUAAGGAAUAUGAAGAUAAGCAGACGAGCCCCACUAAUGAAGAGUUUGGCCCAGGUGUUCCGGCAGAGACAGAUAUCACAGAAACCAGCGUAACCGGCCACGGCGCGUAUGGGGAGAAGGGCCAGAAGGGGGAGCCAGCGGUGGUGGAGCCUGGCAUGCUCAUUGAGGGACCACCAGGGCCAGCAGGACCUGCGGGCAUCAUGGGCCCUCCAGGUCUACAAGGCCCCUCCGGCCCCCCUGGGGACCCUGGCGAGAGGGGUCCUCCGGGACGUCCUGGUCUACCCGGGGCUGACGGGCUGCCUGGUCCCCCGGGGACCAUGCUAAUGUUACCGUUUCGCUACGGUGGUGACGGCUCCAAAGGACCGACCAUCUCCGCCCAGGAAGCGCAGGCGCAGGCCAUCCUCCAGCAGGCCCGGAUCGCGCUGCGAGGCCCGCCUGGCCCGAUGGGUCUGACCGGAAGACCAGGUCCUGUGGGGGUGCCUGGCUUAUCGGGGGCCAAAGGGGAGAGUGGUGACCCGGGUCCUCAGGGUCCGCGUGGUGUGCAAGGUCCACCUGGUCUGACGGGAAAAGCUGGAAAGAGGGGCCGACCAGGGGCUGAUGGAGGAAGAGGAAUGCCAGGAGAACCCGGGGCAAAGGGGGAUAGAGGAUUCGAUGGACUUCCAGGUCUGCCGGGUGACAAAGGUCACAGGGGUGAACGAGGUCCCCAGGGCCCUCCUGGUCCUCCUGGAGAAGACGGAAUGAGGGGCGAAGACGGAGAGAUUGGACCAAGGGGUCUUCCAGGUGAAGCUGGCCCUCGAGGUUUGCUGGGACCGAGGGGCAGCCCGGGACCCGUGGGGCAGCCGGGCAUCGCAGGAAUUGACGGCCCCCAAGGACCAAAGGGGAACAUGGGCCCCCAAGGGGAGCCAGGACCGCCGGGUCAACAGGGGAACCCAGGGCCGCAGGGUCUUCCUGGUCCACAAGGUCCCAUUGGUCCUCCUGGUGAAAAGGGACCACAAGGAAAACCAGGGCUUUCGGGACUUCCUGGAGCUGAUGGGCCUCCUGGUCAUCCUGGAAAAGAAGGCCCGUCCGGAGACAAGGGCGCCGUGGGUCCUCCUGGUCCACAGGGUCCUAUUGGCUAUCCUGGUCCCAGAGGAGUGAAGGGAGCAGAUGGUGUCCGAGGUCUCAAGGGCUCCAAAGGUGAAAAGGGUGAAGAUGGAUUUCCAGGGUUCAAAGGUGACAUGGGUCUCAAAGGCGACAGAGGAGAAGUUGGCCAAAUGGGCCCCAGAGGAGAAGACGGCCCCGAGGGCCCCAAGGGUCGAGCGGGCCCCACCGGAGACCCUGGUCCCUCUGGCCAAGCAGGAGAGAAGGGGAAACUUGGCGUUCCAGGAUUGCCAGGAUACCCGGGAAGACAAGGUCCGAAGGGUUCCACUGGAUUCCCCGGAUUUCCCGGUGCCAAUGGAGAGAAAGGCGCACGGGGCGUGGCCGGCAAACCAGGCCCUCGCGGUCAGCGUGGUCCCACGGGUCCUCGAGGUUCAAGAGGUGCCCGAGGCCCCACGGGGAAACCCGGCGCAAAGGGCACGGCAGGAGGUGACGGCCCCCCUGGACCCCCCGGCGAGAGAGGCCCUCAAGGACCGCAGGGCCCAGUCGGAUUCCCGGGACCCAAAGGCCCUCCUGGCCCCCCCGGGAAGGACGGCCUGCCGGGACACCCAGGGCAACGUGGAGAGACGGGGUUCCAAGGCAAGACGGGCCCCCCCGGGCCAGGCGGUGUGGUUGGCCCACAGGGGCCCACCGGCGAGACAGGCCCCCUAGGCGAGCGCGGACACCCGGGCCCUCCCGGGCCUCCUGGUGAGCAAGGCCUUCCCGGUGCUGCAGGGAAAGAAGGCGCAAAGGGUGACCCAGGUCCUCAAGGAGUCCCGGGGAAGGACGGCCCAGCAGGACUCCGAGGUUUCCCAGGUGAAAGAGGUCUUGCCGGAGCUCAGGGUGCACCUGGACUGAAAGGAGGAGAGGGUCCCCAGGGUCCCCCCGGCCCAGUUGGUUCGCCGGGAGAGCGGGGAGCAGCGGGCACGGCGGGCCCCAUCGGAUUGCCAGGGCGUCCGGGACCCCAGGGCCCUCCCGGUCCGGCUGGAGAGAAGGGCGUGCCUGGAGAAAAAGGCCCCCAGGGCCCCGCGGGCAGAGACGGGGUGCAGGGCCCCGUGGGUCUCCCCGGGCCGGCCGGGCCCGCGGGCUCCCCUGGAGAGGACGGCGACAAGGGUGAAAUUGGUGAGCCUGGACAAAAAGGCAGCAAGGGUGACAAAGGAGAAAAUGGUCCCCCUGGCCCCCCAGGUCUGCAGGGUCCAGUCGGCGCCCCUGGAAUUGCUGGAGGCGACGGUGAGCCAGGUCCCCGAGGUCAACAGGGGAUGUUUGGACAGAAAGGUGACGAGGGGGCAAGAGGGUUCCCAGGACCUCCGGGUCCCAUCGGUCUGCAGGGCCUGCCGGGCCCGCCUGGUGAGAAAGGUGAAAAUGGGGAUGUCGGCCCCAUGGGUCCACCUGGUCCUCCAGGCCCAAGAGGUCCCCAGGGCCCCGGCGGAGCUGACGGACCGCAAGGGCCUCCGGGAUCCAUUGGCUCAGUUGGCGGAGUGGGCGAUAAGGGUGAACCUGGGGAAGCAGGGAACCCGGGGCCGCCCGGGGAAGCCGGCCCAGGGGGACCCAAAGGAGAAAGAGGAGAGAAGGGCGAAGCCGGGCCCCCAGGCGCUGCCGGACCCCCCGGUGGCAAGGGACCACCAGGUGACGAUGGCCCUAAGGGCAACCCGGGUCCUGUUGGCUUUCCUGGAGACCCCGGGCCUCCGGGGGAACCUGGCCCUUCGGGUCAAGAUGGCAUUGGCGGUGACAAGGGUGAAGAUGGAGACCCCGGUCAGCCGGGUCCUCCUGGCCCGUCUGGUGAGGCCGGCCCACCAGGGCCUCCUGGAAAAAGGGGUCCUCCGGGAGCGGCAGGUGCAGAAGGACGGCAGGGCGAGAAAGGAGCCAAGGGAGAAGCAGGCGCCGAAGGUCCUGCUGGGAAGACGGGCCCCGUGGGUCCUCAGGGACCCGCCGGAAAGCCGGGUCCAGAGGGUCUGCGGGGCAUCCCUGGGCCCGUGGGAGAGCAAGGCCUCCCGGGCGCAGCCGGCCAGGACGGGCCGCCCGGCCCCUUGGGGCCCCCUGGAUUGCCUGGCCUCAAGGGCGACCCUGGAUCCAAGGGUGAGAAGGGGCACCCUGGUUUAAUUGGCCUGAUCGGACCCCCGGGGGAGCAAGGUGAGAAGGGUGACAGAGGGCUCCCAGGAACCCAAGGAUCUCCAGGCGCCAAGGGCGACGGGGGAAUCCCGGGUCCUGCCGGCCCCAUAGGCCCACCGGGCCCUCCAGGCUUACCAGGUCCUCAAGGCCCCAAGGGGAACAAAGGCUCCACAGGACCUGCUGGCCAGAAGGGUGACGGCGGUCUUCCCGGGCCUCCUGGGCCGCCGGGUCCCCCCGGUGAAGUCAUCCAGCCGCUGCCCAUCUUGUCACCCAAAAAGACACGACGACACACUGAGGGCCUGCAGGCGGACGCAGGUGACAAUGUUCUCGACUACUCGGAUGGCAUGGAGGAGAUAUUCGGCUCCCUCAACUCCCUGAAGCAGGACAUCGAGCACAUGAAGUUCCCGAUGGGCACUCAGAGCAACCCCGCCCGGACGUGCAAGGACCUGCAGCUGAGCCACCCUGACUUCCCAGACGGUGAAUAUUGGAUCGAUCCUAACCAAGGUUGCUCCGGAGACUCCUUCAAGGUUUACUGUAAUUUCACGUCCGGGGGUGAGACGUGCAUUUAUCCAGACAAAAAGUCCGAGGGAGUAAGGAUUUCAUCGUGGCCAAAGGAAAAACCGGGGAGCUGGUUUAGUGAAUUUAAGAGAGGAAAACUGCUCUCCUACCUGGACGUGGAGGGCAACUCCAUUAACAUGGUGCAGAUGACGUUCCUGAAGCUGCUGACGGCCUCGGCGCGGCAGAACUUCACCUACCACUGCCAUCAGUCGGCGGCCUGGUACGACGUGUCGUCGGGCAGCUAUGACAAGGCGCUCCGGUUCCUGGGGUCCAAUGACGAGGAGAUGUCCCACGACAACAGCCCCUACAUCAGAGCGCUGGCCGAUGGCUGCGCGUCCAGAAAAGGCUAUGAAAAGACUGUGAUUGAAAUCAAUACACCGAAAAUUGAUCAAGUACCUAUCGUUGACGUAAUGAUUAAUGACUUUGGCGAUCAGAAUCAGAAGUUCGGAUUUGAAGUCGGUCCUGUUUGUUUCCUUGGCUAAGAUUAGGACGAACAACACACGAAAUCAACAGAAAACGUACCUUGGUGCCGCCAACCCAUUUUACGCCACAUGCAAGUUUUGAGGAAGGAUGGUGUAGAAAACAACUUGUUACGUAUGCACGUACCGGUCAGGAAACACAGGUGCCCUUGCGGGGGCAGCGUCACAUGGCGAAGCUUUGAAAAUCAUUUAAAAAUAAGGUAGUGUGGCUGAGAUGGGAACAAGCUUUAUUCUUGGUCCCCAAUGUUCACCUCUCCUUUCCCCAUUUGGAUUUCCUUGGUGCUGUAGAAAACAAGAGAGAAAAAAUAUAUAUUCAUAAAAAGAUAUGGUGCUCAUUUCCAUCCACGAAGGAUGUGCUAAAACAGUGUGUUUAAUAAAUUGUAAUUAUUUUAUGUACAGUUCUACCCUGUUAUCUGUGUGUCCGUUUCCAAAACUUGCACGUGUCUCUGAAUUCCAUCUGACUCUGAUUCUAUUGCAGAGCUCUGCUGGCAAUAAAUAUAUGUAUUAUGACAAAAUAAAGUUGUAAUUUCUGAUGACUCUAACUCCCUUUCUUUGAUUAAUAAUAAAACGCCUUUGUAUAUAUUGAUGUUGAAGAGUUCAAUUAUUCGAUGCCGCCACACAUUUCUCAGAGGGCAAAGCCCGGGAAGGCAAGCCAACGCACACCCCGACCAGCCCUUCUCCGCCGGCAGUAACUUGGACGGAUUCCAGCCACACCCAUGCAUUGUGAUGCUCUAUCCAAUGCUAUACCUCAACCUGCUUCUGCUCAGAGUCCAGGAUUUCACAGGCUACUUGUAUAUACGGAAAACCAGCAAGUCUCUAUUUUUGGACAGGAAAAUGGGUACGAGAAGCUGUUUUCGCAAACGGACGCCUCCAUCGAGCAAACAAUCAGAUGUACGAUUUUGUUGCGACCUUAUCUCACCGCUUGUGUUCCGUGUGCUUCAGUCGUGCAGGUUAAAAUGAAAAGUGGGAAGCUAAGCAAUUAUUUAUAUGUUCAAUGUUAUACUUUUAAAAAAAAUUAAGUUCGUGAAUUUGAUUCUAAGUUGCAUAUAAGUCUCCAAAAAUUACGUUACCUGCACCUGCCCAACAAAUAUUAUUUCUUUUCUUCCGAGAUAAAAUUAUACGUUAUUUGGCCUCCUAAUUGCUCAAUAACAUCUGGUGGACUGUUACUAACGGUGUGUGUUUUUAAAGUCAUGCUUAUUAAAAACGAUCCAAACAUUUUUUUUUUUCACUAAGGUGUUUUCUUUCAGGUAGCUUGAGAUAGCAAUAAAAUUUUAAAAAAUGACAAACAAAUUUGUAUCUAUUUUAAGUAAUAUAUGUAAGACUUGAAAAUAAAUGUUUUAUUAUUUCUUAUAUGAAGUGUUAAAUUAAUUGAUGCCAGAUUUCACUGGAACAUUUUCAACUGAUAAUUUAUCACAAAAGAGCAUACCUGUAAUAUGGACUUGGAAACGUGGACGUGUGUCAUUCAGAAGUUCUUUUUAUUUUUGAAAUGAAGUUUGUAAAUGUCCUUUCAAGAAGGGAGAUAUGAAUCAUAUAAAUAAACUCAAGUCUUGUCUAC